AAAAAUUCUGUAUUGAUGAUUACUUUGGUAGGUAUAUGCGGAGAAUCGGAGCUUGAAUUUGGAAAUUACUAGUAUCUCUAUCCUACAAUAUACCACCUCUUACAUGUCACAACUUGCACCAAAUCAACACUGGCUAGAAAAACCUGUGUUUGACUCUUCGAGCUUAUCUCAAAUUGGCUCAAUAUUUUUUCCUAUAAUUAGCAGCAGUAUUUAGUAGCAUCUGGCCGGUUCCAGAGUCCACAGAAAGCUUCCAACAUAACCAUUAAAUUAACCAACGCGUUAUUAAAAUAUAAGCAAGCUGUAUCCUUUCUCAUGUCCUCACUGCGUUUGUUUAAUGAUGACCCUCUCAAAUUAGUCACACAAAACUUCUGCUUCAAAGUUGGCCUUCUUUCCUGGAGCCUACCCGCUCGAUCUUUUCGAACUUUCCAAUGUUAAAAUUUAGCCCACUAAUUAUAUAAACGCCUCCACAUUGCCCCAAAAACUUCACACCAAACCCACACCAAUCAAUUCUUCUCUGCUUUGCUCUGUUUCUCAAAUUACAAACAAAGUUUAUUUUCAAGAAAAACAAAAAAAAAAAAAAAACUGAAUCAAAGAUGGCCUCAAAGACAUCCUUUGCCCUGCCGCAGCUCUUGCUGAUUGCAUUGUCACUACUAAACCUUGUUUCUGGUGGGAGAGUUCUUCAGCAAACCAUGCCUUUCAAAUACCACAAUGGUCCUCUGCUUACGGGCAGAGUCUCACUCAAUCUCAUCUGGUACGGCCAAUUCACCCAAUCCCAGAAAUCAAUUAUCUCUGAUUUUGUCACUUCCCUGUCUUCUUCCCCAAAAUCCCAACCCCAACAACCUUCAGUUGCGAAUUGGGUCAAUUCUAUUCAGAAAUAUUAUACCCUCAUCAAAUCCAAACCCAAUGUCCAGUUUUACCUCGGCACCCAAACUCUAGACCAGAAAUACUCUCUGGGCAAGUCACUCAAGUUGCAGCAAAUUCAACAAAUCGCAGCAAAGGCCGCCGCCGGAAGCAACCAAUUAGGCACCGCCGUCAACGUCGUCUUGACUUCGUCGGACGUGGCGGUUGAAGGGUUCUGCUCCAGCCGGUGUGGCACCCAUGGUUCUCUUCCGGCCGCCAAGAAUUACGGAAAUCAGAAAUUCACUUACAUUUGGGUGGGAAAUUCAGAGACCCAAUGUCCGGGUCAAUGCGCCUGGCCAUUCCACCAGCCAAUAUACGGUCCACAAGGCCCUCCUUUGGUUGCCCCCAACAACGACGUCGGAAUUGAUGGGAUGGUCAUCAAUUUAGCCACCCUUCUGGCCGGUACCGCCACCAACCCCUUUGGAAACGGCUACUAUCAGGGUCCGGCCACCGCGCCACUGGAAGCCGCCACCGCGUGCCCGGGUAUAUUUGGCAAAGGGGCUUACCCGGGUUAUGCCGGAAAUUUGUUGGUGGAUUCUGCUACGAAGGCAAGCUACAACGCAAAUGGAGUUAAUAAGAGGAAGUUCUUGCUUCCUGCUCUGUUUGAUCCUGCUUCUAAUGCUUGCUCAACUCUGGUUUAAAGAUUCAGGAUACUAACUCCUGCUUCUAUAUGUAUGGUCGAGAAAUAUUUAUAUAGUAUAUAGUAAGGAUUGAUUAGGACACAAUAAAUUCUCAUCAUUUUGAUUGUAGCCUAAUUACAUUAGUUCUUCGUGUAAACAAUAUUCAAUUUAUUGGUUUCUUGAUGAGAGAAUAUUUCGUUUUCCAUCUUUAAAGUUCAUUCCUUUAUCAGUUUUCCUUUGCUUUUCCUUUCUUUCGUUCGGGUGUUUUUAUUUAAAAUU